AUGCCUGUCCCAGUAGGAGCAAUGCCAGGCGGCCAACAUGGCCCAUCCACCCUCGACAAACUCAAGAUGGGUGGCAUGAUGGGAGGAUCUGUAGGCCUUAUCAUCGGCUUCAUUUUCGGCUUCACAAACAUCGUGCGCUUCGGUCCUGGUCCUAACGGUAUGCUUCGGACGCUGGGGCAAUAUAUGGUCGGCUCAGCAGCCACUUUCGGCUUCUUCAUGGCCAUCGGUACCACCAUCCGCACCGACAGCUCUCCCAUCGCCGCCGAGGCCUUCGCGAAGAUUCACAGACGGCCAAUGAUCCUUCCACGUCAAUACCAGCACCCACAGACAUCUCGCGAGGAGAAGAACUAG